CAAUUUAAAUUACAGUGAAACAUUUUUUUGUAAUAGUUCAAUCUUUUUUUAAUUUAUAAAUAAUUACUUGAUAAAAAAAGCGUUAAUUAAUUUUUUUAACGAAAUAACACUAUUUAAAUUUGCGCGGCAAGUUUUGGCUUCGUAUGCGUCAUAUAGGAUAUAGGUAGGUCGCGGACGGAACACGAUUAGAGUACAUACCAUUACUAUACGUAUAAUCUUUGAUAUACUAUAAUGCCGUUUGUUCCGUUUCGUUUUAUACGAAAUGUCCCUAACAAUGCGAACCACUGGACCAUAAGCUUUAUGCCAAAAAUACGAGCAACAUUACGUAUAACAUUCCACAAUGUAUGUCUAUAUAUACGUAAAGUCAACGAACUCUUUUGAAAUCGUGAGAAGUUCGCAAAUAACCAACUUCGAAUACGAUGAACUUGGUCAGCAGAGUAAAGAGUUUCGUUCUAAACCUUUUCAAUGCUCCCUCAACAACAAGAAUUACGGAUGCCAAAUAUUAACUGUAACAGAUACGGAAGAAGAGUUAAAUGAAUUUAUAAGUCAAGUUAGACCUCGUGUGCCAAAACUAAAUCAGUCAGCUUUAGAUGCUCCAGUGGGUAAUAAGGACAUUAAUGAGAAGGAUAAAUCAAAGAAAUCCAGAAAGAAAGCAAGAAAGAAAUUUAAAAAAUCUAAAGAAGAUGCAAUGGCUGAAAUAAUAAGUCAGUACCAAUAAUCGCUAGAGGACAACCAUGAGGAUGGGCUUGGACUGGAACUAAGCGAUCAAGACAUUCCAAAGAAACCGAAAGGCACAGAUUUCAGACUGCAGGAUAGUAGAAUCCAUGAUAUGGAUGAUGACAGCCAGGACUACAGAAAUGAUGACUACAAAAAUAGAAACAGGGAGCAUGAAGACGGUGUGGAAGAGACUAACAAGCCAGACAGACAAAAUAAGGUAGUAGACCAAUUAAAACUAAAACUAAGGGAAGAAAGAAGGCACAGGUUAAGAGCGAUUGAAGCUCUCAAUGUAUUCAGAAAAAAGAAAGAAGCGGAGAAGAGACAAAAGGAAGAUCAAGAACACAAGAAAGAGGCUGAGAAAGCUGAAGUGGCCGCUCAAGAAAAACAAAAAGAAGUACGAGGUGGUCCUCAGAUUAUGAAUGCCCAUAGCGAAAUACCUGUGAAGAAAGCAGCUGUAGAAGAGGCUUAUGCUCAAAAGGAGCCCAGCUGGUUUUAUAUAAACAUGAUGUACGCAGCAUGGGGACGUAGUCGGCUUUCCGAACGGUGCGUAAAGAAGACAAAAAAAAAAAUAAGGACUUGAAGGUUCUCACUCCCAGGAAAAAAAGGGUUGUGAGGGCGCAUUUUGAACACUUCCUGAACCAUUACAAGUUUCCAGAGCAGCUGUAUAAUCACUAUUUAGGAUUAGUAAAUAACUAUGCCAGGCAGGCGAUCAAUGGAGCAAAAGCUCACGUUAAAACGAUCACAGAGUAUCCAGAACUCGGUUCUGACUACGAUGAAGAGGAACCAGAGAUAAUAGAGCUAUAAAAAUAACUUGUUUAAAAGCUACUUCUAAAAUAUAGUACACUGUUUACCAUUACGUAAUUUCAUAUUAUUUAUUUUUUAUGAAUAAAAAUACUUUUCGUACAUUUUCAUUCUUUUUAUUACAAAUAAACAAUGCCCUUCUACCACGAAUAAAUAAUGGCUCGAAAGGAAAUAACACAGAAAUAGUUCAUUGUAAAAAAAUGUUAUGAUUAUAUUCAAUAACAAUUAAGAUAUUUAAAAAAUAUUAAAUAAUUUUUCUCGUAAAUAAAUAUAUAAAAAUAAAAAAUAAAAAACUUUUUCUAGUAUAAAUAAACCAAAAUAAUGAAAAAUAAUGUCAAAUAAUGACAAAUAAUGACAAAUAAUGACAAAUAAUGAUAAAUAAUGACAAAUUAUUACAAAUAAUUACACGGAUCACUAUCAAUUUCUGAAAAAAAGUAUACAAUAAUUCUUAAUCAUAAUUAAUAAUAUUUGAUAAAUUUGAAAAAAAACAAAUUUAUUUAAAAAAUUUUAAAUAAUGACAAAUAAUAGCAAAUAAUUUUAAAUAAAAAUAUCUCAAUUCGGACUAGUAGUAUUUAAUAUUAUUUGCUAUUAUUUACCCUUAUCAGUUUUUAUUUAAUUUUACUAUUCAUUAUUGCUUGCUGUUUAUUAAUAUGUUGAGACGGCAGGCCCAGC